CACGUGUUGAGCAGAAGAGGUCGGCUGGACGUGGCCUGCGGUUGGAAUUUUACAGGGCUUGGUUCUCUGGGCCUCAGUCACCAUGUCUAUGUUGGCGGAACCAAGGCGGAAAACACAACAGUGUUUUAUUAAUCCAAGAGGUGACGCCUGGUCGAAAGAUGAAAACAAGUUUGGCCAGAAGUUAAUGGAAAAAUUUGGAUGGUCUAAAGGGAAAGGCCUUGGAAGAGAAGAACAGGGAAUGACUGACUGCAUCAAGGUUAUAACAAAGGACAAUAAGAAAGGUAUCGGAUUCAAAGGCUCUGACGACGAGUGGAUCAAGCACUAUGAAGGAUUUGAAAGUGUUUUAGCCAACCUCAACAGUGAUAACUCCAAGGAGAACUCUGCCUCCAACAGCGCUGCUAACAGUGACGACGAGAAAAAGAAUAGCUCGUCCUUAGAGAGGCGGUCAAAGGGGUCCCGAGCCAGAGUUCACUACCACAAAUUCACGCGUGGCAAAGAUGUGAGCCGUUACAAUUCCGAUGACAUUGCGUGCAUCAUCGGGUCAAAGAGAUCCAAGCAACUUGCUGAUAUUGAGGCAACUCAGAUUAAGGAAGAGGAUGAGGUUGGUCAGCAAGUCAAGCUGAAUGGUGUUACUACAGUUAAAGGUGGUACUGUUCAGGAAUACUUUGCUGAGAAAAUGGCAAAACUCAAGAUGGCACAGGCACUUCGACAAGAAAGAGAAAAUGAGGAUAACAGUGAAGAGAGAAGUGAAUGUGAAAUUGGAGCUCAGAAUGGAAGACAAGGUUUUGGCUAUCCAGAAAAUGGAGAUGAGUGCACUGGGGAUCAGGCAGAAAAGAAGAAGAAAAAGAAGAAGAAGAAGGACAAGGCCAAGGAGAAAGAAGUAGAAGGAGAAGAAGAAAGUGUGUCUGACACUGAAAGUUCAGUCUCAAAAACAAAGAAGAGGAUGAGAGAAGUGGAGGAAGACUUAGAGGUUGAAACACAAGGUGAAGUGGAUGUGAUUGUUAAGAAGAAGAAAAAGAAGAAGAAGAAAAGCAACAAGGAAAAGGAGGAGGAAGCUGAAGAUGAUAUAGUUGCUGAGAAUUUAACCAAUGAGAACUGUCAUGAGGAAGAGGCUGAGAAACUUGAUGUUGACGUGGAUAAUGAAAAGGAGAAAAAGACGAAAGACAAGAAAAAGAAGGUAAAUUUGGAUGUAAUGAAAGCAGAGGAAUUGCCAACUGAGAACGACUGCAACGCAGAACCUGAUAACAUGCAGGCUGAAAUUGGUGUUAACAGUGAAAAGAAGAAGAAACACAAAAAGAAGAAAAAUAAAGAUAAAAAUACAGAGGAGUUACCCACAGAAAAUAGUUGUGAAAGAGAAUCUGAAAAUGUGGAAGUUCAGAAGACAGAUGAGGAACGAGAAAAUGAACAGGAAAUAAAUGGAGUGGAAGAUGCUGGAAAUGAAACUGAAAAACCAAAGAAGAAAAAGAAGAGGAAGUUAGAUGAAACUGAUGGAAAUAAUGAGGAAAGUGGAGUUACUGAACCACAAUCCAGUGAAAAGAAAAAGAAGAAGAAGAAGAAGAAAAGCUUAUGCCAAGAAGAAAUUCAAGAAGAAAAUUGUAGUGAACCUUCAGUUGAAAUUCCCAAAGCCAUGCCUCAAGACUGCUCAGAUGUGGGAGAGGCAAAAAUUGGAGAAGAAAAUUUGCAAGAGGAGGAAUCUGCACCAAAAAGGAAGAAGGGAAAGAAGAAGAAACAAAAGAGAAAUGCAGACAAAGAUGAGAACUCUCCUUCAGAACAGGGUGAGGCUCUGAGUGCAGAGGAAAAGGGACAUUCAAGCACAGCAGGAGAAGGCAAAAAGGAGGGAGCAGAGAGUGAAGAGACAAAUAAUUCUGAAGACAAAUCAGAUGGCAAGAAAAGAUGACUAGAGCUGGACUUUGUAGACCUUGCUGUCUCUGAUGCAGUUACAAAAGACCCAGCAUCGUUUGCAGAAGAGAUUAAAAGAAAAAAAGAAAAUGUGCAGAAAAUAAUAAAGAAGAUGAAUGCCACAGAAAGGAAAUUCAAGCAGACUCGGAUUGAAAAGGAAGGAGCAUCAAAAGAAAGAGAUAGCAAGGUCUCAGGUAGCAGCGAGAUGCAAAAGCAAAUCAAAACUGGCCAGACAAAAAAUAACGACACCGGGGAUAACGAGCUAAGUAAGCAAACCGCUCCUGGGAACAGUGGGCCAGAUAAUCAAGCGAGUCGCCAAAAUCAGAUGCAGAAUACCACGAACACCGGGCCAAAUAACCAGAUGUGUGUGUGUGCCUCUCUCAGAAAUCUGAUGCCUAAUAUGUGGAACAUUUUUGGACCAAAUAACCAAAUGUUUUUCAACAAUCUGAUGCAGAAUAUGUUGAACAUUGGGCCAAAUAAUCAAAUGUUUCCAAGAAAUCCAAUACAGAAUGUCAGGAACAUUGGGCCAAAUAACCAAAUGGUUUUCAACAAUCUGAUGCAGAAUAUGUUGAACAUUGGGCCAAAUAAUAACAUGUUUCCCAGAAAUCCAACGCAGAAUAUCAGGAAUACUGUUCCAAAUAAUCAGACGUUUCCCAGAAAUCCAAUACGGAAACCCUUCAACAAUAGACCAGAUAGUUGGAACGAUGAAGAGAAAAGGAAACCAAGAGAAAAAAAGGUUAUCCUUUCAGAAGAUGUUAAAGAAGGUUUCAAAGGAUUCAAAGGUUCAAAUCUGUUGAAGCAUAAAGGGUAUAAAAUGUGAGGAUUGAGAUAAGGUUAUGUAUUUCCAAUGUGCUUAUGUCCGUCUGUUUUUUGUAAAGAUUAGCUCGGCAGGAAAAAGGGAAAGCCAAAGUUGUUUUGAAACACUUUAACAGUAAAAGAUGAAGUGCCCGUGAUUUGUCUCUUGUCAGGUAAUAUGUAUAGUAAUAUAGUUAUAAUUGUAUACCUUGUGGAUUUGAACAUUUGUAUUUAUUCUAAUAUACUUGUUCCACAGUGUUGCAUGAGAAAAGCAGUUAUUGAGAAAAUGUAUGAAUGAGUGAUUAAUUAAAGUCAACUGGAUGGCAAGGAUCAUAUCUUUGUUUUCUCUUUAAUCUGUGAAGAGGUGCUUAAACUGAGGAAAAGGAGUUAUGCAAAAUAGCUGUUAUUACCAACACCAAAUCACUGUCCUUUAUUUGUUUACUCCAGAGUUAGAAUGUACUGCAAGUACAGAAAAAAUAUUUACAAGUAAGGAAUGUUAAAAUGGAAAUUGUUGAAUUCAGCAGGCUUGUGCUGAUCACACAGAGUUUUAAUGAUUGUUAAUCAAUGGAUUCCACAUGAUUUAUGAUGUUAUCCCAUAUUACAAUAAAAUGUGAAAAUUA